CAGGCGGCUCCUCUAUCAAGGGUCUAUCCCAGACUUACUGCCUGCUCCAGCGUUACAUAAAACAAACGUCCAUUUAUCCCCCGCGCCCCGUCCUUCACCAAGUUGAAUAGCCAAUUAGGAGAAGACCGGAGGAAGUGCGUAACAGGCCAACUAGCCAAUGAGAAGUAAGCCAUGGGAGUGUUAUGAGAUUUGAACUGGAGGAGAGUGAAAGAACGUAGAACUGUCUUGUAGCAACGCGUGCUCCGUAACUAUGGUUCCCAUGCCACCUGCCGAAGAGGGCAGCGUAACGGUAGUGGUACGGGUGCGGCCGCAGACCCCAAGGGAGCAAGAAGGGAAUCGCCAAAGCGUGGUGCAGGUGGUCGGCAAAAGUAUGCUGGUGUUUGACCCCGAGGAACCCAGCCUGCCAGGGAUCUUUGCUGGUUUCCAGGCAGCUGACCCGGCUCCAAAACGGAAGGGCAAGGACCUGAAGUUUGUCUUUGACCAGGUGUUUGGUGAGAGUGCUUCCCAAACAGAGGUGUUUGAGAAUACAACCAAAGGGAUCCUGGAUGGUGUGUUGAAUGGCUACAACUGUUCAGUGUUUGCCUAUGGUGCAACAGGUGCUGGGAAAACUCAUACCAUGCUGGGAUCGGAGAAGGAUCCAGGCAUCAUGUACCUCACCAUGAAGGAACUCUACAAGCAAAUAGAGGCCAGGAAGGAAGAGAAGCACUGCGAGGUGUUCAUCUCCUAUCAGGAGGUGUACAAUGAGCAGAUCUAUGACCUGUUGGAACCAAAGGGCCCGCUGGCCAUCCGGGAGGACCCAGAGAAAGGGGUAGUGGUGCAAGCUCUCUCCUUUCACCAGCCCAAGUCUGCAGAGCAGCUCCUGGAAAUGUUGGCACGGGGAAACCAGAACCGUACACAGCACCCUACGGACAUCAACGCCACUUCUUCGCGCUCCCAUGCAGUCUUCCAGAUCUAUGUGAAACAGCAGGAUCGCAUAGUGGGCAUAACCCAGGAUAUGCGGGUGGCCAAGAUGAGUCUGAUUGACUUGGCGGGCUCAGAACGGGCCUCUGCGACCAACACCAAAGGGGAGCGACUCCGUGAGGGUGCCAAUAUCAACCGCUCCUUGCUGGCCCUCAUCAACGUCAUCAAUGCCCUGGCUGAUGCCAAAAGCAAAAAACCUCACAUUCCAUACCGGGACAGCAAGCUCACACGCCUUCUGAAAGACUCAAUUGGUGGAAACUGCCGUACGGUCAUGAUUGCUGCAAUUAGUCCCUCUGCACUUUCCUAUGAGGACACAUACAACACCCUCAAAUAUGCCAACCGGGCCAAAGAGAUCAAACUCUUUGUAAAAAGUAAUGUGCUGAGCUUGGACUGCCAUAUCAGCCAAUAUGCAACCAUCUGUGAGCAACUGAAAGCGGAGGUGGCAGACUUAAGAGGGAAACUCCGCGCUUAUGAGGAAAACGCUCCUGGGGUUAACUCCUGCACACCAGUUUGUCUGACUCCUCCUCCUAGCACUGAGAGGGAUGGGCUUCUCAGGUUAAAGGAGGCUGGUUUGGGUUGUGACAGCCUGAAUAAAGGUGAUGAUGGUGAGGUGGAGACGCACAAACAGAAUUGUGGCAGGUCUUCCGGAAAGGGCCACACAGAGCAGGAAUCGGUGAAGAAACCUGGGUGUUCCAGCACAGAGUCUUCAGAGCCAAUUAAAUGGGAGAAGCUGAAAGCUCGGUUGCAGGGAAUGGGCAAAGAGCAGCUGGAGAAGCUAGUAACGGUCAUCUUGUGUGUGGCGCAAAGGCAGUAUGCACGGCUGAAAGCUGUCAAGCUGCUCACCCCUGAUAUGAUAGCAGAGUUUGAUGAGUUGCACGGCGUGAUGGACAAAGAAUCCAGUGAGACCCCAGAGGUUUCUGCUGCAGAGGGUGGGCAAGUCAGGAAAUUGGACGUGGGGACUCAAGUUGAUGUACAACAGCUUGAGGAUCAUGCUGUGCUUCUGGCUUCCCAUCCUACAGCCAAGUGUGCCAGUCCAGUGGGCCAUACUUCUGGGACUCCACCAGAGAUCAUGUCAGUCCCUCAAAGCACCGCCUUCAAGACGCCCCCCCUCCCCACAAAGAAGAGGAGGAAGUCAACAGAGAGCACGUCCUCAUCUCAAGGGAGCACCCUGUCUAGCCAAAAGAGGCGGGCAAAGCGCCGGCGGAAAGCUUGUCCUUCUCCUCAGCCAGUGGACUCCCUGAAGUCAUGGGCUGACUGCACUAGCACCCCUGCUGUGGAGAAAGCAAAGCCUCCUGGCCCAGCCAGCCUCCACACCCCACAGCCCUGCCCGCUGAUGGUCACCAAGGGCCGGGUACCCUUGGGCAUGUCAGCUGCCCAGAAUUGUUCGACUCCAGCUCCUCCACGAAGCCUGAAUGCAACUUUUGUCCUCUGUGAGGAUCCCUGUCCUAAUUCGAAGUGUAUCGUUCCUGAAUUUCCUGCUUGGGAGAGUAUUGAGCACCUCUCUAACCACCAGGGGGCGCCUCUCAUACCCAGGGCCUCUAUGCCAAUGUUCACCAUGAAGGGCUCCUCCAUCCCGAGGUCCGUGUCCUUGGCCUCCAGAGCAUCCAUGCAGAAGAGGAAGCGCACCACAAGUUCUGCCUCCCACUCGCUGAGUGCCCCACAGAGCCGCAUCGCCAGGCGACAGCGUAGCAGCGUGAAGUCUUCACAAGCUGUGGACGCAUCAGGACAUCCCUCUUGCAAUUUUGCAUGGAAAUGGCGGUAGGAUUCUGUACUUCCGGGAGGAUCACUGCAUCUCGCUCUAUGAUGGUGCUCUACUGAUGCCUUCUUGCAAAUUAUCGCUUUCCACUCUUUGGACUCUUGGGAGUUCUCAAGCCUUGUACUAUAUAAUCUGUAUUUAAUAUAGAUGAAUUCAUGUUAUGCUUUCUUGACCCUGGCUCCUAUAUAAGCCAGGCUUAUGUACCUACAAGUAACAAAUGGAGGCAGAACAGCAAUGCAUAUUUUUAAAUAAACUGUUUAAAAAAAACAAA